AUGCUGCUGGCGCCUGGCGCGGCCCUGCUGCUCAAGCUCGUGGGCGCGAUUCGACCCACAGCGGCGGUGCUGCUGCUGGAGAAGGUGGUCAGCGACUCCAUGCGCACCCUCGGGGGCACCACAAUGACCACUUCGUGUUUCUCGGACCUCUUCCAGGGCAAGGCGUACACCGCAGCGCUCGGGCAGCUCACCAGCGCCACCGGGCUCGGCAUCGUCGGCGCACCGCUCCUCGCCUCCGCCCUCAUGGCGGGCAGUGGCAGCGCGCGGCGCGCGUACGCGGCGUCGGCAGCGCUGGCCGCUGUGCACUUGGCGAUGGGCUGCGCCCUCCUGGAGGAGACCCUCCACCUGGGCCCCAAGCGCCGCGUUGCGCUGCCAGCGGGCGAGCCCGAGGCCGCCGGCUCGGCGCAGGCGCCCGCCGCGGCCGCGGAGCCGAUCUUGAAGCCCGUGUGGAGGUUCCUCAGAAUGUUCACGGAGACGCCCCGCUUGCGCUUGUGCGCGUGCCUCUUCACCUUGCACUGCAUGCUGGAGGGCAAGGUGCUGCAGGACCAGGUCUCCAUCCUGCAGCUCAAGCUCAGCUGGGACACGGACUGGCGUUCGCGGUGGACCUCGGGCCUGGGCAUCGCCAUCCUGUCGGGCGGGCAGGUCUCCAGGGGGCUGCUGGAGAGGUGCGGGGAGCACGGCCUGACGACGCUGUGCCACGCGUCCUCGCUGGGUGCCUUCCUGGCGCUCCGCGGCGCCUCCUUCUGGUCGGCGCUCACGCUGCUCGUCGUGGGCCAGCAGCGCCGCAUGGCGGUGGCCUCGUGGCUGCUCGCAGAGGCGACGAGGGUGGGCAUCGGGCGCGGAGAGACCAUAGGGUACCUGGCGAGCCUGCGGGCCGUCUGCGAGGCCGCCUCCGCCCUCGCCUACGGCGUCGCGUACCGCCGGUGCGCGGCCCGAGGGCGGCCCUUCCACGCCGGGGUCGGCGGAUUUUCCUGA